AUGUGGAAGCGAAUCCAAAACCACUGCAAAGCGCUGACCUUGGAGCUGAUGGACGCCAAAGGUUAUGACAUCGCUUAUGCGCCCUGCAUUUGCGUGAACCGCAUCCUUAUGCGGAAGACUCCUAUGGUGGAAGAGCUGAUGCGGGACUGGCUGCAUUGGUGCGGGAAGGCGGAAGUCAUCGGCCCGCUGCCCAACCCAACGCCCCACCCCCUGGCGCUCUUCCACACGCCGGAGCAGGCCAUCCUGGCCAUUCUGGUACGAAAGCUGGUGCUGGCAGGGCAGCUGCCAAGAGGCUGGCCCUUCUACUCCUACAAGCCAGAGAGUCGGAAGCUGCGGUUGGCAGAGCUGGAGCAGUGGCCCAUGGGCUUCCUCAUGCGCUGCCGGCGCCGGGCUGCGGCCGUGGUCUUCUUCCUCCAGCACGCUGUGAUGGCUUUUGUGUAUCCAUCCAGUCAUUCCUUCUGGAAGCUGUUUCCCAGAGCAGAUGCGAGGUACCUUCUGAGGUUCGCGCUCCGAGGCUUCCUUAUGUGUUUGAUGCCGUUGCCAAGGCCUUGA